CCUAGCCCUAAUACUUCAUCAUAUUUUUUGUCAUGUCAACCAUGAACCUAUGGGCCACCAUCACCCUUGUCACCUUUACUGCCUAUGCAUUGUGUAUCGUUAUUUCUUUAUACAAUCAUCCCCUUAUCCCCAACUCUGUUGUAACUCGUGCCUCGCUCACUGAGUUCAGCGUCACCAACAACACCACCCUCCACUAUAAUCUUGCUCUCAAUAUUUCCCUGCGAAACCCUAACAAAUAUUACCGCACCUAUUACGAUAAUAUUGAACUCACGGCUUCUUACAAGAACCAGGCAUUCCGUACGGUGAAUUUGAACUCCUUCUACCAAGGUGUUAAAAAUACUACUGUUUUGACACUCUCGUUCAAAGGGCACCAACAUGGCUUAGUGAAUCUUUCCAAUGUUACAUUUACUGCCGGAACUCAUUACCAUAUUGAUGUCAAGCUCUAUCUUCAAAACGUCUACUUGGUGUCACCUAGGACUACUUGGUUUAUGGGUUCUCCGCAAUCGCGGUCAGAGUUUACAUGUCACUUGCAGGUUCCUUUGGUCAAUUACAUUGAUGGUCAAGCCUCCAACAUCACUACCAAGUGUGAUUCCGAUUUCAAUUUUUUCUUAUGAGUUUCUUAGUCUUGGUGGUUU